GUUUUAACGAUAUCUUCCUCACUACAACACUGGCACACCCGUCUAAGUACGCGUAAAUUUGCGCGCGAAGGGCUGUGUCACAGCCGAACUUGGUUUCGCUGCAGAGGUUUUCUGCUUGUCAUCGGGCUAUCCAAUCACUUUGACUGCUUCAUUUAGUUCAGUCUGGCGUUUACGGGCAUAGCAAAAGCCAGCAGGCUCGGGCGUGUUCAUGGCAUCUCAGCGCUUGCUCGAGGAACGCAAACUCUUUCGUAAAAACAGGCCGUACGGCUUUGUGGGGAAACCAUUGACCCGCGAGGACGGGAGCAUUGACCUGACACGGUGGGAAUGCCGGAUACCAGGGCCGGAGAAGACGGCCUGGGAGGGCGGCUGCUAUCCCUUGAGCAUGGCCUUCCCGGACUCCUACCCCGACAACCCGCCCGAGUGCAAGUUCCCAGCCGGCUUCUUCCAUCCAAACGUGUACCCCAGCGGCAUGGUGUGUCUGAGCCUGCUGGACAACGACACGGAGCUGGGGGGCCAGUGGGCGCCCAGCAUCAACAUCGUGCAGAUCGUCCAGGGUAUCCAGGAGCUGCUCAAGUCGCCCAACGUCUACUCGCCAGCGCAGGCGCCGGCUUGUGAGCUGCUGAAGAAGGACCCUGCGGCGUAUGAGCGACGGGUAAAAGAGCAGGCCAAGAAGUAUCCGCCCCCGGAGGAUGAGGAAUGAGGGAAACGCGGUGCACGCGGUGGUUUGGGUUGCAGCGCCUUGGUGGAAUAGGCAGGCACUGCCAAGCCGCCGGCUGAAAAGGAGCUGCAGCCAGAGCCAUGAAUAUGCAGAGAUUUAGCCUUGAAGAGAGGUAUGCGGCCUUUGAUAUGCAAGCGAGUUCGAGUUCUGUGCUCAGGUGUGGCACCGGUGCGUGCAGUGCAGUGGGGCACCGGUAUGCGCAGUGAAGCCUAGAGGUGAGUGAGGCGUGCACAGUGUGCGCGGUUGAUUAUAGUGUGGCAGGAUCCGUCAAGUAUAGUAGAGCGUAGUGAGCGGCGGAGAAUAGUGAGAUGGGGACAUCAGAGGACAAAGUGGGCGUGAUGAACAAGGACAUGAGGAAAGGGGGGGAGGCAGGGGGAACAAGAGUGGGGACGAUGAGUGGGUGCUUCUGCUGGCAUUGUUAUCCCUGUCCGCAUGCAUGCUGCCACAUUUGGCUGCUUACUCGUAAUUUAUGUAUCCAUUGCUGCCUCUAUCAUACCUGCGAAGGCCGAGGUACGCAAAUGCAAGCGCCUAUCAAGGGCGUGGCCCCCUGUUGUAAACCUAGCCGCAA